CGCGUUACCCUCUUUUCCGGUGGUGAACAUGGCGGGGACAGAAGGAAAACAGACGAAAAAGCUCCCAUCCGUUCCAGAAAGCCUCCUCAAGAGGCGAAAGGCCUUUGCGGCUGCCAAGGCCCAAAGGAUCAAGAAGAUCCUUAAAGACAAGAGGGUCCGUAAAGAGAAAAGAAAGAUCAUCUACAAGAGGGCGGAGAGCUACUACAAGGAGUACAGGCAGCUGUACAGAAAGGAGAUCCGUCUGGCAAGAAUGGGCCGUAAAGCUGGAAACUACUAUGUCCCCGCCGAGCCCAAAUUGGCUUUUGUCAUAAGAAUUCGCGGUAUCAAUGGUGUCAGCCCAAAGGUGCGUAAGGUGUUGCAACUCCUCCGUCUGCGCCAGAUUUUCAAUGGCAGCUUUGUGAAACUCAACAAGACUUCUAUCAAUAUGCUCAGGUUGAUCGAGCCCUACAUUGCCUGGGGUUAUCCCAACCUGAAAUCAGUGAAAGAGUUAAUCUACAAGCGUGGUUUCCUGAAGAUCAAUAAACAGCGUAUCCCUCUGACUGAUAACUCUCUCAUUGAGAAUCACCUUGGCAAGAGUGGCAUCAUCUGUGUCGAAGAUCUGAUCCAUGAGAUCUACACAGUUGGCAAAAACUUCAAAGCCGCAAACAACUUCCUCUGGCCCUUCAAGCUGUCCUCCCCCAGGGGUGGUAUGAAGAAGAAAACUACACACUUCGUGGAAGGUGGUGAUGCAGGAAACAGGGAGGACCAGAUCAACAGAUUGAUAAGGAGGAUGAACUAAGGUUUCCUAUGGAUGAAUCUAUCUGGUCAAGUAAUAAAAGUCCAUUUCCAAAACCUUC